AACAACCGAGAAACAACCGAGCCGCCAUUUUGUAAAGUGUGUGUUUGGUUCGCCUCGGGUAGUAAAGUUGGUUUUCGGUCGUCUAUUAUUCCCGUCGGAAAGGGAAAAAGGCUUCUCGUUUAGAUGCAGAACCGUUAACGGUUAGUGUACCUUUCAAAAUGACUCAGUUCUUACCACCGAAUUUACUCGCGUUAUUCGCUCCUCGAGAGCCGAUACCGUAUCUUCCACCCGCCAACAAGCUACCCCACGAGAAAAAGAAUGGAGGAUAUAUCGGCGUCGGGGCUUUCCUCAAGUACUUCGAGAAUCCAAAAGAUACUCCACCUCCAGUUCGCGUCGAGACUCGUGAAGAACGAUUGGAACGCCGGAGAAGAGAACGGGCUGAACAAGUUGCCUAUAAACUUGAACAAGAAAUUGCUGUUUGGGAUCCAGCAGGCAUUCCCAACGUCACUGCGGACCCUUUCAGAACACUCUUCGUAGCACGCAUAAACUACGAUACUUCGGAAUCCAAGCUCAGAAGAGAGUUUGAGGUUUACGGUCCUGUAAAGAAAAUUGUGGUAAUCCAUAAUACAAUCAAUGGCAAGCCGAGGGGUUAUGCAUUCAUCGAAUACGAACACGAGAGGGACAUGCACUCGUGGCGGCCGCUGCCGGCAACUAGUGCCGUUCACUAUUCCAUGCAAUCCCUGAACCUGCCUGAUAUGAUAGCUGCGUAUAAACAUGCGGAUGGUAAGAAAAUAGAUGGUCGAAGAGUGUUGGUUGAUGUGGAACGAGCAAGGACAGUUAAGGGGUGGCUACCUAGGAGACUUGGUGGUGGUCUUGGGGGCACCAGGAGAGGCGGACCUGAUGUCAAUAUCAAACACUCUGGAAGAGAAGACAACGAACGUGAAAGAGAACGUUAUCGGCUUGAAAGAGAACGAGAAGCCACUGGGCGUGGACUUGACAGAGACAGGGACCGCGAUCGUGGUUUGGACCGAGAGCGUCGAAGAUCACGAGAUCGUAAACGAAGAUCGCGUAGCAGAUCUCGCGAUCGCAAACGUAGACGCAGUCGAGAGCGUGUUCCGGACCCUGACAUCGAAGAGAUUGAAAGAGAAGAACGACCUCGUGAGAGGCGAGAACGCGACCGAGAUCGUGAUCGUGAACGCAAACGCAGGAGGUCCCGCAGUAAGGAUCGCGAGCGCGACAGAGAGCGCAAACGUGAUCGGCGAGAUCGUGAUCGAGAACGUAAAGAGCAACGCAAAGAUCGCGGUGAUCGUGAAGACGAGGACGUUAAAGAAGUUCGCAUUAAAGAAGAACCCCUCGAUGAUUAUCCGGACUAUAGUAAUAAUUACACGACAGCGUACAAUGAAGCGGCUGUUAAAUACGAAGAUGAGCAUGAAGAAAAAUACCGGAUCCCUGACGGAGAUAGUAAUGGUCGUCCUGAUCAAUCCCAAUACAACAAUUAUGAAUCGGCCCAAGAUUAUUAAGCUGUUUGACUCAAUUUACGUUGCUCGAAUGAUGAAAUAUUUGAAAAGCAUCACCUUUCUUCUAUCCUUAUUAUUGUAUAACUAGAUCGCAAUGUUUUAUCGAAUAUUUAAACCUCUGGUGUGAAACGCUCUCACAUUACUCUAACUUGUAAGAUGGCAAUGGUGAAAUAUUCGCAUGUUUGUUGUGUUUUAUCACUACGUUAUCGUAUAGUUACGCGAAGUUUUGAUCAAUUUGAAACGAAGCUGAAAUAGGAUUACUUUCCGACCCGUUUAUCUCGAACAUUGUAACAGGCAUUGGCGUGCAGACACCUAAAUGAAUUCGAAUAAAUCAAGCAAUUGUAUUUACUAAUUAAUUGAUGAGGCAUCGUUCGGUAUGUAUAUAGAAAUAUAUUCUAUCAUUUGAACUAUUGACAUUAACUACUGUAUGUAGCUUAUUAAUACAUAUAGAAAUAAAAUGUGAUUGCUA